AAUUCUUUAAGGAAAGCAGUUUCCUUAAGGGACGCACUUAAAGGAGUCCCUCAAGGAUUUCAGACAAACUGCCUACCCUAUAAGUACUAAGAUGAUUCGCCACGCUUUCUUGAACGCAAAAAACGCAGUCUUCGCUCAGGAAUAGCGAUGAAAAGUAUGAAGAGACAUGAGAUGACACGCGAUCAUUAUACUUAAUUACAGAGACGGGAAGAUGAUGAAAUACAGAACCUUCACUCUUACCCCUUGUUUUAGGACAUAGGAUACGCAUUGGCUUAUCCCAGCACGACAAGCCGCACGGUCAUCCUUUGACUCAUCGAAUACAUAUCCUCACAUCUAGGCAGAAACCAUCAAGGCAUCUUCGGCGAGGUAGCGCAGGUAUCCAAGUGGUUCAUCUAGUACAUCUCCGAUCUCAACUUCCACGGCCGCAUCUUCGAUCUCAUCUUCGCCAUCAUCACUCACAACUACAUCUUCUAAUACAACUUUGGGCAGUAGAAGAGGAAGACCUGUUCGUUGGCAGCGGACUCCUUCGCUGUGACUGGACGUGUUGUGGAGCUGUAACGGCCCCUCAACGUCAGUUCUACUCGUCGUCAAGCUACUACUUGUGGCGACGUAAUCACAACCUUCUGCAAGGACUCGAAGGUGCAGAGGAAAAUGGUGCACAUGAACAAAAGGCUGCUCCGGCAGCUUCUUCUUUUUGUCACUGCUGGCGACUCUUCAGUUCGAGCUUUACAAACGAGUACGAGACGAGACAGAAUUCCAAACUACGCGAAGCCUACGGAAGCUUCACGCGCGAAGAGAAGGGAUAAACAUAACGCCAUCGGAUCGAAAGAUACACCUAGUUAAGGACUCUUUCGCGAUUACAUUUUCGUGGGUCACCUUCCUUGGCCUGAGUGUUCAAGUGAGAAAUGUGGAUAGGCCAUGGUGGGUGCGCAGCGGACAAAUGGAAUCCCGAAUUUUCUAAGAGUCUUCUCGUCACUCGUUCGGCACACCAGUACAUUAUAGUUUACCUCGUAGCGCUAUUCCGAGCCCGACGAGGCGCCCUGCGAAUACCGGACUAAGAUCUUCACCUCCAAGAAUCGACUUUAAGUUUAACAAGGCUCCCACGACGAUCUCUUCAGUAAGAAUAGAGACUAGCUACAGUGCCAUAUUUUUGCUACUCAGGGAAAUAAUUAAAGCUACACCAGGGACAAUGAAUUACUUACCAUAUUAUAUUAUUUCGUAUACAUAUUAGCUCAUUGAGAAGGAGUUAGAAGUUAUGAAAUAUAGAUAUCCGGUUAUUAUGGGUAAUAUGCAGAAUUUUCGAGCGUUACGGCUUAGGAAUAUACAUGCAGCGCCAUUCUUGGUGGUGUUUAUUCAUACGCUGACACCUAGCGACCCCAACGAUGCAUGGAGAGAAACGCGGCGGAAGGAAUCAACGCCGCCGCGGGUUGUGACAAUCCUGCGCAAUUUCGCUUGUUCGGUGCGUUUAUUCCUAUCCCGAGUAGAGUCCCCUAGCGCGUGUUUUCGUCUAUCGUUCUGCCGUCGGUUUGGCGCGAGCUUUCUGAAAUGGUUCGAAAUCCAAAAAGGUGCGCGCGUCGCCCGCAUAGUUUCGCUCCUAGCGUUGUGCGGCGUUCGCGCUUCUUCCGCGUGCUUUGGGUCUCGCUCGUUGACGGCGGCAAGAGGACAGACCGCGGCGCGGCUCGGUAUUGGUCUGCCUUGCUCUUGACGUGGGCUUGUGGCGUGCUCGAACGAAGGCUGCCGACGAGAAGGCGCCCAGCUGUCUGUCGCUCGGUGUGUCACUUCUUUCUCUGUGGUCUUGCGUGGUCUUGUUGAGAAGGUCUCCCGCUUCAGUUUUUUUUCGUCCGCCCUGUUGUCGGCCCGCCUCGCUUGUUCACUGGGUGGACUCUCAGGGGGUUGCGCUUGAGUAGCUAUAAAAGUAAUUGCCUCAACCGAUCCCCCCCGCCCCUAAAUUGUUGAGGCAUUGACGCAAAUGCCCUGUGAGCGGAGUAACAUAGCUCCGCGCGUUUUUGGUUGUCUGGUCGGGUUUUCGUGUGUUUGUGCAGAGUGCGGGGCCUGGGGGCUUUGCUGCGGUAGAUGCACCUGCCUAGGAGCCUCUUUCGGUCAGUCUGGCGUUGGCCUUAGUUGCCCCGCACUAGCUGGGGUUCGUUCCGCGUGGUGGUUAGCUUUGCUUGGGCUGCGGCGCUUCAUUUCCCAGAGGCCUGCCAUGCGUGAGAGGCUUUGAACCGCGAAGGCGAAAGCCGCUGCGCCUUGGCGUUCUUCUGAUGGUUCUCAGACUCACCGUCGAAUUUCUUUGCGCCCUUGAAUGAAUAGGGUCAGCUUCUUUGUCUUUCCUUGGUUCCAUUUCUUCGGUGCAGGUAAGAACGGCCCGCGAGAGUUGUGUGUUUCAUCUUCUGUUCUUCAAUCGUAUUGGAUUAAUAUUUUCUUGCGACAUUUUCAUUUUCCUGCGUCACUUCCUCCUGGUUAACGCUUGGAAAUAUCUUAGCAAUACACGUGUAUGCCUAUCGCUGCGUUACCGCCUAUCGUUCUCCAAAUAUCGCCACCAUCGUCAUCUUAUUGUUGUUCGCCUUCGCCACCAAGAUUAUGAUCCUCGCAAUGGAUUUUGGUGAUCUCUAAUUUUGCGAGAGGGAGUAGCCUUCGUGGCUCAAAGAACUCUGACGGCUCUAUUCCUCGAACUCCUCAAGCUGAAGCCCCACGUCGUCAGAAAGAGCAGGAAGAACAAGACCGACUCAACCUCAAGCGACAACGAGAGGCUGUACUAGCAAGUCAACAGCGCCAGGAGCAACGACGCCAAGCGGAUAAACAACGAGAAAGGGACCUAGCACUUAAGCGCGAGGAGGAAAAGCGCAAUAAAGCACGUCCAAACCUGGACCAAGCAGCACUGGAACCUCGACAAAGCCAAGCGGCCAGAGCACGGGAAGCUGAACAACGAGAAAGGGGCGUAGCACGUGAGCACGACGGGGAAGAGAGCAAGAAAACACUGGAACGUCAACAACGAAGCCAGGAGCAAGAGGCCAAAGCGAAAGCGGAACCCCAGGACAGAGAGGAAGAGGAACGUGUACGCAAUGCAGACGAGGCCACCGAUCUGAAAACAGCUCCUGCACGUCAGCCGAUCCUGAACUCAAAGCCAAGCUCGCCUAGGCGAACGAUUAAACGGCAGGUAGAUAGUGAGGAAGAAGGAUCAUGUUGCUAAUUUAGUAUAGAUCGGAAGACGAGUGAUGAGACUUCUGCUAUUCAUUAGUUGUUUUAAAUAUAGCUCGUCGUAUCAACUACUAGAACUAUUUGCCUAAGUUGAACUUCGUCCAACCAGGAUCAGGAAGAAUCAAUGGAGAUAGAUAUUGAAAAUAGGCAAAAAAAAGGGCAAGACUAUCAAGUAGUAGAAAUAAAGACGUCGAUCAAUUAAAAAACGCAAAAGAGAACCUUAAAAGACAUACUUAUCUACGCAACAGAUACAAGAUCAUUGUGAUGACAAAGGUUCUGCUCCUGCACGUAGUUCACAAAAGCGAUAGUGAUUGAAUCGGUGAUCCAUGAUCGAUCACAUUUGAAUCAUAAUGGUUGGAAAAUAAACCGUUGGAAAUAAUGGUUGGAGCGAUCAGAUAUUUACACAUGAAACAUGAAGUAGUUGUACUAUCAUUCUCGUACUUCUAGAAGUUGUUGGAGGAGGAUCCAACAAACCAGUCCAGUUUACGUUGAAAAAAUAAUAAUAAAGAUCAAAAAACGAUUCAAAAUAACCCAUCUACGAGGCUGUGGAAUUAAACACGAAAAAACAACGCGAUAAUUUCGAAAAUCUGACAUAUCUUUGGGAAUGCAUGUUUAGAAACAUGAAUUGCAAUUAAUAGUCAUUGGGAAUCUGCAACCGUAUUAAUCAUUACAAUUAGUUUUUUAGCAACACUGUACAUACGAAAUUAUAUUUAGUUUCUUAGCAACACUGUAAAGGUGGCAGACUGUUAUUUCUAUAUUAGGCAAUUACGAAAAAACCUAAAAAGCUAAACAUCAUAAAUAAAAACAAAAAAUAGUGAAGUCAAACAAGUGUUCAGCAGUGCGCGAAUGAGAAGCAAUGACUGCGUUCCGCUCCUUUACAAGUACUUAGAUGGAACUGCGAUUCCAGUUUUCAUCAAAGAAACGUGCAAGAAAAGGAGAAACGAAAGUUGGAAAGAGUUCCACCGAGAGAGUCGAGAGACGAGCAAAGGCCUGUGUACUUCGGAAUCAAAGUAGAAAACAAAAGGCGAUGGCUCGAGGAUGGCGAGAGAAAGAUGAAGGCUCUUCAGCUUCAAAAGGCUAUUAAGCAAAAUUGUCC